UUUAAUUAUUGUUUUUUUUGUAUUGUUUUUUGUGUAUAAAUUAAUAGUUAAUUAAUUAUUAUUAUUAUUAUUUAGUCACCACUUCUUCUUCAUGUUGUUUGUUAUUGUUUGCGGCGAUGAAUACACACAACAACAACAACAACAACAAUACCACCGAUGGAUCAGUUUCUUCUGUGACACCAAUAUUGAAGACACAACAACAACAGGAAGAAGUAGACGACGAAACCAAAGAAACAAAAGUUAAAAUUGAAAUCAAAAAUGAAAUCAAAACAGAAGAUGAAGUCAAAGACGAAGUCAAAGAUGAAGACAUUGAUGAAGACAUAGAUGAAGACAAAGAUAAAGAAGAUAAAGAAGAAUCUCAUGUCGACUACGAGUUUGUUAUCGAUAUCGACGACAACAACGAUGACGACAACAAUGACAACAACAAUGACGAAGAAAUAUCCGAUAAAUUGUUAAUCUCUUGUAUGGAUUCAGUCGAAAAAAAUCAUCGAAAAGUAACGUUUGUCCGAUUGUUUGUCAAAUAUAAGAGUUUUAUAGCAAACUCGAUGCCAAACAAUGAACUGAAGAUUGCAUUUCAAUCAAUACUGGACAGCGCUGUCCAACGAAAAGUCGUUGAACGACUGGUCAACGAAUCGGAUCCGUCAGAUGUAACCUAUAGGCAGGCGAUGAUGACGCCGAAGAUGACGGCGACGGGUGACCAAAGAAAACGAAAACAAACGCUAACAGUUAGAAGUGAUUUUAGUGAUGGCGUCGACGGCGGCGGCGGCGUCGGCGGUAGUGAUGGCCAACAAACCGGUGAUAUUAUAGGCGACGACAACAAGAAGGACGUUAAACGUCCGAAACUAUUAUGUGAUAACACAAGUAUCGACAGUGAAUCUAUGGUUUCAUCUAAUAAUAAUAAUAAUAAUAAUAAUAAUAAUGAUAGUAAUGGGCGGACAAAGAUGAUUACCACCGAUGAUAAUACCGAUGAUGACCUGAACAGUGAUCUAAGCAAACAUCUAUACUCAAUGCAAUCGAUAGUCAACGACGACCAUAUGUGGGAUAUUAGUGCCGAUAAUUAUGGUUAUACUACUACUACUACUACUAAUAAUAAUAAUAAUAAUAAUAAUAAGAGCUUAUCAUUGAAGAAGUCAUCGACCAUUUCAUUAUCAUCAUCAGCGACAACAACACCAUUAUUAGCUAAAUCAUUGUCAUCACAAUCAUCAACAACAUCAUCGUCAUUGUCAUCGUCAUCAUCAUCAUCAUCAUCAUCAGCGACAACCAGAUCAUCACCCAUAAGUAAAUUACAGCACAAAUAUAAAAUUCAGCGACAAUUAUGCCACACGAAGAAGUUGGCGGCGGCGGCGGCGUCGGCAGCGGUGACGACGGGAAAAGCUGUCGUCAACAACAACAACAAGAGUAGUAGUGGUGGUAAAGACAGUAGCAAUAAUAGGCUCAAUAAUAAGCACAAGAAUCUCAAUGCAAAACAACAACAACAACGUAAGCCGCGUGUCAGCGGCGGCGGCGGCGGCGGAACCGCUGGUAAAAAGCCACAAAUCAACGACGACUAUCGCCAUUGGGUUUGCGAAACACUGCCCCGUCGGACGCCGUUUAUCGGCCAAAUUGGCGAUCGAGUUGUCUAUAUGAUGGACGCCCAUCAAGUCUACAUGAAAUUUCCGUUUAUGGACCUACAGGACGAGUACAGGCUAUUCAAGUGUUCGCUGGACGACAUUCGCCGAUCGGUACCCGAGGCGGCCAUUAUUGGCGAAAUUCAUGCCCGAAUCCUUGGGAUCAAGUUCCUACAAAAACAUAACAUACAGUUUACGCUCAUUCAAUUGGAAACAGUCGACUAUUUGAACACUGGUAGCCAUCAACAGUUUACCGUACUCUAUAGGCCGAUGGCCGGUAUCUAUGAUUUCUUGGUAUUAGAAAAAUUUCAUUCAGAUUGUCAACUAAUGAAGUCGUGGUCAGCGGGUAAUGAAUUUAAGACAAUAUUUCGUAAGUCUAACGGUACGUAUAGCUGGUGGUUUGGUCGGGUAGUACAGUGUCCCAGUAUUUUCGACCAGAAUUAUCCCCAGUCGGCCUACAAUUCGGUUAGAGUUCGGUUCAACUAUGGCGACGAAGACAAUCUGAGUCCGUGGGAUAUCUAUGAUGUGGGCGACCAGGAGCGGGACCGAUCAAUAAAGUACGGACUGCCGGUCAAACGUCAGCACUUGUUGGACACAAACUAUAGGCCGUAUUUGCGUGAAUGGCCAGAAGUCGAUGGCGUAGAUCUACCGCUGUGGAGGUAUCACGAAUGUAGGCGUAUCUACAAGACAUUGUCGGCCAUUGAUAGCCGUAUCGACGCGAAAUUGGUCAACAGUUUGCAGGACUACUAUCAAGCCCUACCCUAUUUCGCUUAUCCGAUAACACCCGCUAUUAUUAGGGAACGUCUAAACAAUAUGUUUUACAGGCGUAAGGAAGCCAUUGGUUACGAUUUGAAACUAAUGCGCGACAAUUGUCGACUGUUUACCCACGCAACCGAUGAUUGGCGCAAAUUGUUGGACCAGUUGUGCCAACUAUACCUGGAUGUGAUUACGGAUACCCGAGCCACUGAUGAAAACUGCGAUGAAUAUGUCGGUAAAUAUGAACAAUUGCCACGGCGUAGCCAAUCGGAAAUCAGUGAGGAGGCGGCGGUAGCAGCGGCGGCGGCCAUUGAUAUUGAAUAUAUACGCGGAGACGGACCACCAGUGUUACCGAGUUGUGGUGUCGGCGGCGGCGGCGGUAAUAGUAGUAGUUGUGAAUCAAAGAAAUUGAAAUCAAAGAAAAACAAAUCGAAACAAACGAAACCGCGUCCGAAACAGUCAUCAGUCGGUGGCGGCGGCGGCGGUAAUAGUAUUAGUUGUGAAUCAAAGAAAUUGAAAUCAAAGAAAAACAAAUCGAAACAAACGAAACCGCGUCCGAGACAGUCAUCAGGCGGUGGCGGCGGCGGCAGUAGCGUUGAUAUACCACUGGAACGUACGGAUCGGACAGAUAGUAAAAAAUGGAAACAGGAUUCGCAAAAAUUUAUCGACGAAAUGCUCAAAAAAGACGAUACCCUACCGUUUCGACAGCCGGUCGAUACCAACGAAUUUCCCCAAUAUUUAACAGUCAUUCAUAAUCCCAUUGAUUUGAGUACUAUUCAGAAGAAACUAGACUCAGAUAUCUAUAUGAAUCCGAAAGAUAUGCGCCAAGAUUUACGACUAAUGUACGAAAAUGCUCGGGUAUUCAACAAGAAUCCCAGAUCCCGGAUCCGAUUGAUUACCAAAGAACUGGCCAAAUGGUCGGAAACAAAACUGCGCGAAAUAAUUGUCGACUGGGAUCGGGUCUACGCUUACGAACGUAAACUGAAAUCCAAACAGUCGGCGACGUCGACUGGAUUGUCGACCAUUAGGGUUCGGGAGCCGAUAGCCCGACAAGAUUUAUGGGGUUUUAAGGACGACCAGUAUUUUUGAGGGGAAAACAAAAGGAGAUAUUAUUAUUGUUUUAAAAAACAAAAUUUCAAACAAACAAAAAAUAUCUGAUAAUUAAUUUUUGUCCAUAAAUUCAAUUUGUUUUUAUAGAUAUUUUUCAUUAUUAUUAUUAUUUGAAA